AUGGAAGACAAUGAGGGUGAAGAUGAAGGCGACAACAACAAUGAAGAAGAAGAAGAGGAGGAGGAGGAGGAGGGUGAUAGGGAGGAUGAUAAUGAUGGCAACUACAGUGAUGAUGAUGAUGAAGACAACUAUAGUGAUGAUGAUGAUGAAGGCAAUGGUGAUGAUGAGGAAGGCUCUUUCAAAAUAUACAAGAUUGGAUCUGAGAAAGACAACCUUAUUAGUAUAGAUAAUUUCGGGGACCAAAUACUUAUUUUGGAAGACCAAGGUUCUUUGUUGUCCCUCUCAACAAGUGACUUCGAAGAGUUAGAAGGAAAUUGCAUUUAUUUUGGGUCAGAUAAUGGAAACGACAAGUUAGAUCCUCUAGACACUCUUAAACCAAAUAUAGCGCGCGACUUAGACGCCUUCUACUUAAUAGAUGGAGCAAUUGAGCCAUCAUUUCCAAAUCUCAACAUGCCAAUACAGUUGUUCACUCCAAUUUUGUUAUAA